AUGAAGAACUCCAAAGCAGCACGGGUCAUAUUCCCCGGCGGCGAAAUCCGUCAGUUCCGUGACCCAGUGAAAGCCGCGGAACUUAUGCUCGAUUGCCCCACCUUCUUCUUGGUCAACUCUCGGUCGUUGACCAUUGGCCGGAGAUUUUCGCCGCUCACUGCCGACGAAGACUUGGAGUUUGGAAACUUGUACGUCAUGUUUCCGAUGAAGCGGGUCAACUCGGUCGCCACAGCGGCUGACGUGGCGGUGUUUUUAAUGGCCGCUAAAUCGGCGGCCAAGAGGAUAUCGGCAGGAAACGUAAGGAUUUCGCCAGAGUCCGGUGGGGAUUUGGAAGAGACGGCGGCGGCGACAGUUGGAAUUGAGGUCGGCGGGGAGGGGUUUCCGGUGCCGGAGUACAGGUAUAGGCUGUCGGUGUGUAGGUCACGGAGGCCUAUGUUGGAUACAAUCACUGAAGAACCUCUUUCCUCACGAUGA